AUUGAAAGGCUUGAGAGGCUGAAACUGAAAGUAAAGCAUUGGAAACGUAGUAGCUUUAGCAUGUCGCUCAGACUCUCUUGAUUUGGGUUCUACGACAGUUUGCCAUUUUAUUUCAGUUGGCUGUUGUAAAUAUAAAAGAAUAUGGAUCUUCAGAAGUUUCACAAGAUUGAUGAGAACCUGACAAGUAGUGAAGUGGCCCAGCUGAAGUUUCUCUGUAUGGACCUAAUUCCCAAGAAACGUUUGGAGACUGUGACUGAUGCCAAAGAACUGUUCCUACGACUGGACGAGCAAGCACUGCUUGAUGACGGGUUACUCGUCCCCGAGCUUCUGCUCACAAUUGGACGCCGUGACUUGCUUGGCAUCCUGAAAAUGUCCAAAGAUAAUGUGGAAAGAAAUCUGCUACUACGUGACACAUCUAGCAAAGGUGUCUCAGCCUACAGAAAAAUGCUAUUUAGUAUAUCUGAGGACAUGACAGAAGAAAACCUUCACUCAGUGAAGUUUCUUGUGGAACUUCCCAGGGCAAAACUAGGAACGUCUGCUACAUUUCUAGAUGUUAUGAUUGAGAUGGAAAAGCUACAGAAGCUUGGGGAAGACAACCUGGAUGAACUUUACUGUAUUCUAGACAAAUGUGACAAACAGCUGGCCUGCAGAAUAGAGGAGUACAGGGCCCGGGAACAAGGAGGCAGACUUCCUCUACGGGAAGUGUUUGGUAAUGUGCCAGUUUCCUUUCCUGAUGAAAGUAUGCCCAGAUAUCAAAUGGAGACAGAAAAUGGAUGGAGGAGAAGCUCGCUUGUUACCGAUUCAGACACUGAACCCAGAAUGGGGGAAUAUUAUAAUAUGACUCCGCGACCUCUUGGAUACUGUCUAAUCAUCAACAACUUCAACUUUAAAGAAAGGUCCUCAUUGUCCAAUCGGACAGGAACGGAUAAGGACAAAGAUGACCUUAGCAGAGUGUUUCGCAGAAUGCAUUUUGAGGUUGAGGUUCAGAAUGAUCUGACAGCUUCAUAUAUGAAGGAUGUGAUAAGGCACUUUGCAAACAGGGAUCAUACUCAUAUGGGAGCUUUUGUCUGCUGUGUCCUCUCGCAUGGAGAGAAGGGCACAGUGUUGGGGGUAGAUGGUAAAGAGGUUGAAAUCCGUGAACUCACAGUGCCUAUUGCUGAAUGCCGUACACUAGCAUCCAAGCCCAAGCUUUUCUUCAUUCAAGCCUGCCAAGGAAAUGAGGGUCAGGAUGGUGUAUGGACAAUGGAUGCACCGGGAAACGCUACAGAAGAAGACCCAUAUGAGGAAGAUGCUUAUAAUCCUGCAGCCCGCUCUAUUCCUAUAGAAUCUGAUAUGCUAAUUGGAAUGGCCACAGUAGAGCACUACCAGUCCUACCGCCACACUAAAAACGGGUCUAUCUAUAUCCAGGAGCUCUGUAAUCAGUUGGAGAAAUUCUGCCCCAGAAAAGAGGAUAUCUUAUCCAUCCUGACAAAAGUAAACCGUGAAGUGAGUUUAAAAAUGUUGAGGGGCCACAAGCAGAUGCCUGAACCUCGAUAUACCCUCACCAAGAAGCUGGUCCUGCCCAUGGACUGAAGCUUCUGCUUGACUUUUGUGUGACAGGAUUCAUGCUGGAGAAGUGAAAAGUCAAGCUUACUCAGACUCGAUUAAUCUUUCUCGGAGGAUCAAGGCACUUUGGUACUAGAUUCAAAUUGAUCUUGCUGUCUCUGUGAGUCUGAUCUUAAUUAUUAAAUAAGACUUUGAGUUAAAGUUUACUGCA